GUGCUUCCACGUGAACCAUACAAGGGCUCAACGCGAAAAUUAGUGCUUGCAUUUGACGUCGGGACCACAUUCAGUGGAGUCUCGUAUUGUAUGCUAGACCCAGGGGAAGUGGCUGUUAUUCGAGGAGUAGCAAGAUAUCCUGCGCAAGAGCAUGUCGGAGGUGACUCCAAAAUACCAUCGAUUCUCUACUAUGAUCUUCAAGGAGACGUCCGCGCCGUGGGUGCUGAGGCUUUACAAGAAAAUAUCAUCGAACAGGCAGAAAACGAGGGAUGGGUGAAGCUAGAAUGGUGGAAACUUCAUCUUCGCGCUAAGCAUCUGGCAUCGUCUCACAUACGGGAGGACGAUAUACCAUCUCUCCCACGAGGCAAAUCCGCAGUGGAAGUCCUCGCCGACUUCAUGCGCUACCUCUUCCAAUGUGCUCGGACUUACAUCCAGGAAUCGCAUUUGAAUUUCUGGAGAUCGGUCGAGAAUUCUAUUGAGUUUGUGCUCACACAUCCGAACGGUUGGGAAGGCCAACAACAACAACAGAUUAGACGCGCUGUCGAGCUAGCUGGUCUUGUCUCAUCUAAGGAGGAGCAAUCUCAUGUACACCUCUUGACUGAGGGCGAAGCGAGUCUUCAUUUCUGUGUUACCAAUGCGAUUGCAUCGGAUAUAUCCUCUAAAACCCCUAUAGAUGUUUCAGAUUAUGCCAACGAGGAGGAUAAUCAAUCUGACAGCCAGGGGGUCGUUUUCAUUGAUGCUGGAGGUGGAUCUAUCGAUCUCAGCGCCUACUCGAUGAAGUUAUCUCCGACUUCAUUCGAUGAGAUUGCCCCAGCUGAAUGUGAAUCCCACUUUCCUGCGUUAUUAACGGCUUAUAGCUUGUUCGAAUACUAUGUCGUACCCCUUGAAACAUAUUCUAAACACUGA